AUUCAUCUGUUUGAGCAGCUGAGCGGGUGUUGCUUUAUUUAUUUACUACGCCGAACGUCGGCAAUCAGAGAUUUUUUCCGGCGAAAAUUUACCAACAAAACUAAUUAGUUUUACUGGAAAAUAGUGGACCAUGGACCAUAGAAAGUCUCCUCCCGUCAAGAGAUAUCGUCGCGCAGAGCAUGCCGAAAAGGACGAGUCUGCACUUAGUGACCUAGAAGAUCGGAACUAUGUUCCGUACGUUCCUGUUCGAGAACGGAAACGUGACAAAUUGACGAAAUUGGGAAAUAAGCUGUAUAAAGACAGGGCUGCCAAAAAUGUAGAAUCUUCAGAAUCUGAAAAAGAGGAACUUACAGACGAGGAAGAUGCUCAAGCCAUGGCGAGAAGAGAGAAUAUCUCCUUAUUGGAUCAACAUACAGAACUUAAGAAGUUGGCAGAAGCGAGAAAAGAAAGCGCGAUGGAAAAACAAUUAAAGGAAGAAGAAAAGAUUUUAGAAAGUGUUGCAGAGAAAACAGCGCUUAUGGGGGUUGCUGAAUUAGCUAAAGGAAUUCAAUAUGAAGAGCCAAUAAGAACAAGUUGGACACCACCUAAGCAUAUUAUGGAUAAAGAUCAAGAACGACACGAGAGGGUACGCAAAAAGUACUGCAUAUUGGUCGAAGGAGAAGGGAUUCCACCGCCGAUUAAGCAUUUCGACGAAAUGAAGUUCCCAAAGGUUUUAAUCAAAAGCCUCAACAAAAAAGGGAUUGUUAAACCAUCCCCGAUUCAGAUACAAGGACUCCCAGUAGUUUUAUCUGGAAGAGAUCUCAUCGGAAUUGCAUUCACAGGAAGCGGAAAAACAUUAGUAUUUGUUCUACCGAUUUUAAUGUUUUCCUUGGAGCAAGAAUAUAAGCUUCCGUUUACCCGGGAAGAGGGCCCUUAUGGUUUAAUAAUUUGUCCAUCAAGAGAGUUGGCAAAGCAGACAUACGAAAUUCUUGUUUUACUCUGUCAGACCCUGAAAGAUGAAGGUUUCCCCGAACUGCGACCAUGCCUUGCGAUGGGUGGGGUUGCAGUAACAGAAGCGUUGGAUACCAUCAAGAAAGGUGUCCAUAUUAUGGUUGCAACACCUGGUCGACUGAUGGAUAUGCUGGACAAGAAGAUGAUUCGAUUGGAUGUUUGUCGGUAUUUGGUGAUGGACGAAGCUGAUCGUUUAAUCGACUUGGGAUUUGAGGAAGAUAUUCGAACAGUCUUUUCCUACUUUAAGGCACAACGUCAAACUCUAUUAUUUUCUGCCACAAUGCCCAAGAAAAUUCAAAACUUUGCAAAAUCAGCUCUCGUCAAGCCAAUUACGAUCAAUGUUGGCCGUGCUGGAGCGGCUUCCAUGAAUGUUAUCCAGGAAGUGGAAUAUGUCAAAUCGGAAGCAAAAAUUGUUUAUCUCCUUGAAUGUCUCCAAAAAACACCACCUCCUGUUUUAAUUUUUGCAGAGAAAAAACAAGAUGUUGAUAACAUUCAUGAGUAUUUGUUACUCAAAGGUGUUGAAGCAGUUGCAAUUCACGGAGGCAAAGAUCAAGAGGAACGAUCAAAGGGAGUUGAAGCAUUCCGAAGUGCCAAGAAAGAUGUACUUGUUGCAACGGACGUGGCAUCCAAGGGAUUGGACUUUCCCAAUAUUCAACAUGUAAUCAAUUAUGACAUGCCUGAUGACAUUGAAAAUUAUGUUCAUCGGAUUGGGCGUACUGGACGUUCGGGAAAAACGGGGUUGGCCACGACAUUUAUUAACAAGGGGAAUGAGGAGUCAGUGUUGCUUGAUUUGAAGCAUCUUCUUAUUGAGGCCAAGCAACAAGUUCCAUAUUUUCUGGCUACACUGCAAUCUGAAAACGAAAAGUAUCUGGAUCUUGGAGAUGACAAGGGUUGCAGUUAUUGUGGAGGAUUGGGUCACAGGAUUACAGAUUGUCCAAAACUGGAAGCCAUACGAUCCAAAGAGGCGUCUAGCAUUGGAAGACGGGAUUACCUUGCAAAUAAUACAGCUGAUUACUAAGAUGCAUUUUAUGAAAUUUUAUAUUUUUAUUAUUAAGUAAUCACACAUAAAAUGUUACACUUAAUAUUUCGACUCAUAUUUUUAUUAUUUCUGGAUCUUGUUGAAAUUUGAUUAAAAAAUUGAAUAUAAUCAGUAUUUUUAAAA